GUCGCGCGGUUCGGUAGCAACAGCGAGUGUUGCCAUGUAGUUGCCAGUCGCGACGGCGCCUGCGCGUCGGUGCAAGUGCGUGUCCCGUCCCGUCCCUCACAGCUGCAGACAUUAGCGCCGACAGUGGAGCGUCGCAGGGGCGGCGUCUCAUGCCACCGGUAGCCAUGCUCUGCUUCGUGCAGGGAGACUUCGAGGACCCUCUGGCUUCCGCCAAGAGGCGCCUCAAACUGCGAAAGAGGUUCUUGUCCAUGGUAGCGGAGCGUGGGCGUCCUGUGCGAAGCCGGUCUCUGACGUCGUCUGGCUGCAGCGGGCAGCAGGUGGCCAAGUCCGCGCCGUGCACGCCGCACGGCGACCGAGACCGCGACAGGGAGCGGCUGGCGCCAGCCGCGUCCACAACCUGCGACCGCGACCUGCCCUCGCCGCGCACGCCCAGCCACGGACACUCCUUCACCCGCCAUGACAGGCAGCUCAAGCAGCUGAGCGUGAGCGCGCCCGCCAUGACGCACCAUCAGCAGGCGAUGGCUGCCGCCGCCGCAGCCGCCGCGGCCAGGGGCUCCUCGGAGCAGCCGUCCGUCGCCUCGGGUUCGCCGGAGCCAGCGCACUCCUCCAAGUACCGCCAGAAGAAGUUCCACCGGCACUUCAAGCAGGUCGCCGCCGAGGAGUACGUCCUCAACUAUUAUUCCUGUGCUCUGGUCGGUGAUAUACUUCUUCAGGGUCAUCUGUAUAUUACCAAGAACUAUUUUGCAUUCUAUUCCAAUGUGUUUGGAUAUGUUACAAAGUUGCUCAUUCCCACAGUAUCAGUAACGAAGAUCAGUAAAGAGAAGACCGCAUACAUUAUACCAAAUGCUGUUGGCGUUUCCACUGCAGAAGGAAAGCACGUGUUUGGCUCUCUGCUGUCACGAGAUUCCACCCAUCGACUAAUGACGCAAGUUUGGAAAGCAGCUCAGCAGCCUGACCCCCAGGGAAACUUGCUUCCUAUUGAACAGGUUAUGAAAGAUGAGGUGGAUUCAGCAAGUGGAGAUGUGAAAGAUGACGAUGAUUCAUCUGUUUCUGGCAGUGAUAGAUCUUGUGCUCCAUCAUCUCUUGAAUGCAACACAAACAUAAAUCAGCCAGAAGCAGGCUGUACAAAACUACCAAAUGGCAACCUUGUAAUUGGUGGAAAGCACAUAAAGCUGCCCGUUAAAUCUAGCCCCAAGCAUGCGAUAGUGGGCUUGCCUCGUUCUAAAUGGCUGCUCAUUGUUUCGACUGGACUGCUUGUACUGCUGUUCUUAUCUGCUGCUUUCUUACUGUAUCGAAUUUCGAAAAUACAGAGCCAGUUCACAGAGCAUCCACUUAUAACAACAAGUGAUGAAGUAUACCAAGAAAUUUUGAAGUGGCAAAGUCAGCUUCAUUCUAAAUCAGUUAAUGAAGUUCAAGAAUUUCUAAGCACUAACUUGGACCAGUUGGCAAAGGUGCGUCAGUCACUGGAAGCUUUAUCUUUACUAAUAGUAUCAGAGGGAGAACAAUUACAGCAGUCGCAACAGCAGUCUCAAGAGCCAAUGCAUUCAGAGCCUGCUGGUAAGCAGCAGACUCCCACUCUUCCCCACGACAAGCAUAGUUAGCAGAGGCUGUACCCCAACCAUUCUGAGGCCACAGCAUUGUCUGGGGUCUGAUGAUGGUGGUCGACAUGAUCUGCAUGUUACUGUCUACUUGCCAUGCUGUCUUGGUGUGUGUUUGUUCCUGAUCUCAAGUUUGGGACAUAACAAAAUUAGUGCAAGUGCAAGUAUAUUAAAUGUAUAAGACUAGCCAUUGUGUUUCAUCCCACAUUGCACUUAUAGGAUUGCAAUAUUCUGCCAAUACAUGAAGUCCUAUUUGUGUUAUUUACUGGUAUCUGACGUUUUCUCAUUAAGCUGUUCAGAAAAAGCUGGAAACACCUCAAGAGAACAUGAUAACAAACAUUGUCUGUGAUACAGGGAUAAGUGAAAGAUGUCGGAAAGUAGUUAUGUUAUUCGCUUACAUGCGACUUCAACUACAUAUAUCCUGGAACUUCUGUAACACAAAAUAAAGUUCCUCUACAGUUA